AUGGAGUUUGGCUGCGUCUCUGCAGGAUGUCCCAAUCACUGGAUACGAUAUGGAAAGUACUGCUAUCUGUUUGUCACUCGAUAUCCUAUGGAAUGGAUUGAUGCAAUGACAUUUUGCAAGACCUACGGGGCAAUAUUGGCAGAGGUAAAAUCGUCAUCAGUAAACACCUUUCUUAGGCAUGAAGCGAGACGCCUAACAGGAAUUUUUUGGCUCGGUGGUUCUGAUAUGUUUAUUGAAAGAUCAUGGAAGUGGAUGAGCAGCAACACCAGGUUUUAUUAUUCUACCUGGGGACAUGGAGAACCCAAUGAUUCUGGUGGUGAGCAUUGCGUGCAAUUGCAUAGUAGUUUUAACUAUGCUUGGAAUGAUGCAAAAUGUCAAAACAGAUUUAAUUUUAUUUGUCAAAAAGCUGCAUAAGUUCAGUAUCAAAAUAUCCAGUGAAGAUAUUGGCUAUGAAAACAGACAUGGGUAAUGCGAAUUACACAGCAAUACAUAUGACACUUAUGGAAUAAAAAUCAAUUUACUGUACCAU